UUCCUAAACCGAAUUUCCCGCGACACAAAAAGGAACCUUGCGCCUCUCAGUCCCAAAAACAGAACAUCAUCAACAACAAUCUCUGUUUGUCUCUUUUGUUUCCACAUUUUUCUUCAUCUUUAGAGCGCUUUCCUUCUGUUUCUCUGUCUGUCAAUUUCUACUUCUUUUCUUGCCAGCCUCUAUCGAGUCAUCUUUGAUCUCCGCCUUAUAGGUAUGUGUGUUUCAAUGAUGAUCAUUCAACCAUUUCCUUUUGAUUUUAACGUUGAGAAACAUGUAGAUUAACAAUUCAAAGAAGUAUUAAAUUCUGACAACAUCAUUAGUGUAGCCCACUGUGCAGAAAUUGAUAUAAUGUUAUGGAGUCGGCAUUUUUUCGAUGAAAUAUUUCAAUAGGGAUGAAAAUAGGUGUAAUUUAUUCUAAAAGAUAGUUCUUAAUUAUGGGUUUUGAUUCUCUAAGAAGGACCUUUUAUUGUUUGUUUUUGGCGUGUUCAUGAUAACAUGUUUUUAUACGGUUUGGUUUUCCUGGGAUUGCAGGAUAUUGUUUUUUAUUAGAUUAAUCCAAUAGUUGAUAUGUUCUGUUGCGGUGGUAAUGAGGAGGAACCACAUGGCCCGCCGGCUAAUCAAUACAUAGCCCCACCUAAAGGAGCGAAUAUAUAUGGCGGCGGCGGCAGCGGGAGAGGAGAGCCAAGAGGUGCCAAUCAGGCCAGAAGUGGAGCUCCACAGAAAGUCUUACCCAUUGAAAUCCCAUCAAUACCAUUGGAUGAGUUAAAUAGGAUGACAGGAAACUUUGGUACCAAGGCUUUGAUUGGAGAAGGUUCUUACGGGCGGGUUUUUUAUGCCAAGUUAAAAGAUGGCAUGCCUGCUGCAAUUAAGAAGCUAGACACCAGCAGUUCACAAGAACCAGAUUCUGAUUUUGAAGCACAGUUGUCUGUCGUUUCAAGACUUAAACAUGAGCACUUUGUCGAGUUGACGGGGUAUUGUUUGGAGGCAAACAACAGAAUCUUGGUUUAUCAGUUUGCAGUGAUGGGUUCUUUACAUGAUGUAUUACAUGGGAGGAAGGGCGUAGAAGGGGCUGAACCGGGUCCAGUUCUGAAUUGGAACCAGAGAGUUAAAAUUGCUUAUGGUGCUGCAAAAGGCCUCGAGUAUCUGCACGAAAAGGUUCAGCCUUCUAUAGUUCAUCGGGAUGUUAGAUCAAGCAAUGUCCUACUCUUCGAUGGUUUCUUGUCCAAAAUUGCCGAUUUCAACCUGUCCAAUGCCAAUUCUGACACUGCUGCUCGACUGCAUUCGACUAGGGUCUUGGGAACAUUUGGCUACCAUGCUCCAGAGUAUGCCAUGACCGGGCAGAUAACUCAGAAAAGUGAUGUAUACAGUUUUGGAGUUGUUCUUCUAGAAUUGCUGACAGGAAGAAAGCCAGUAGACCAUACAAUGCCGAAAGGGCAACAGAGUCUUGUAACCUGGGCAACGCCAAGACUGAGUGAGGAUAAAGUGAAGCAAUGUGUGGAUCCCAAGCUAAACAAUGAUUACCCUCCAAAGGCAGUUGCCAAGUUAGCAGCAGUUGCAGCACUUUGUGUUCAGUAUGAAGCAGACUUUAGGCCAAACAUGACAAUUGUUGUCAAGGCUCUUCAGCCACUUCUCAACUCAAAACCAGCAGGGCCAGAGUCUCAGGCAUAAGUCACAGAUUACUCCAGGACCAGGCUUCCGUGAUAUGUGACCUCUUCUCGGUCCUUCCAAAAUGGCUUUGAUAUUGACGUUGUCAAGUUGAAAUAAUGUUUAGUUUUACCUGGACAAAGAAGGAAGAUUUCCAUCAUGUAUCAGUAGUGUUCGACUAUUUUUUGCUGUGGAAUUUCACGGGAAGAACUUCUUUUGAUUUUGGAAGGAUCUAAAAUUGUAAUAGAAACUCUGAAUAGAU